AUGACGACAUCAGCAUCCACCUCCCUCUCAGUCUCAGCUUCCACCUCACUCUCAGUCUCUAUCCCUGAAAAUGCCUCAGCUUUCACCUCCAUGCCUGCUUCUGUUCAGCCACACUUCAUCUCUCUGCCACAGCCUCAGACUUUGGCAGAUCGGAUUUCUGUACGAUAUGCAUUUCCUUGGCAGGCCAUGAUUGUUGGCUGUGGCCAUCAGAUCUGCAGUGGUUCCAUCAUUGGUAGCUCUUGGAUUCUCACUGCUGCUCACUGUGUCAGGAAUAUGAAUCCAAAAGACACUGCUGUUAUUCUGGGGCUGAGGCACCCUGAGGCACCACUGAGAAUUGUUCAGGUGUCUGCAAUUCUACUCCAUGAGAGAUUUCAGCUGGUGGGUGGGGCAGCAAGAAAUGACCUGGCAUUGCUGCUGCUGCAAGAGGCUCAGACUCCCAUCCAGUUCUUGGCACCUUUGGGUCAUUGGAAGAAUCUGAAUCACUCAGAAUGCUGGCUGUCUGGACCAUGGAUUCUUAAACCAGGAGAAACAGAUGAGAAUCCAGGGAUCUUACAGAUGCAGGUGAUGGAAACAUCUACCUGUGCCCAUCUCUACCCUGAAAUGGGCCAUUCUGUUGUUUGCUUUGUGAAUCAGGUCAGAAGUUCUGAUACAGACAUGGAUCCCAUGAGCCCAGGCAGUGCUCUGAUGUGCAGACCCAGAUCUGGCAAUGGUGAAUGGAGACAAAUUGGCGUCACCAGUCUCGAGACCCUGGCUACCAUCGUGAGCCCACACUUUUCCUGGAUCCUAUCCACGGCAGCCAAAGCAGGUCAUCCUCUCAACCAAGCCCUCAUACCAGGGAUGGAGAGCCCCAAGUCCUCCACGCUUCUGAAACAGCCAAACAUACUGCUUCUGACAUGGAUAAUGGUGACUGCAGCCCACAGUCUACUGUAA